GGGGCGGGCGGACAAGAUGGCGGACGGGGACAGCGGCAGCGAGCGCGGCGGCGGCGGCGGGUUCGGGACCGCCCGCGGCGGGGCGGGGGGGGCCGGCCCGGCCGCGGGGCCCGGCGGCGGCGGCGCGGCCGGCCCCGAGCAGGAGACGCAGGAGCUGGCGUCCAAGCGGCUGGACAUCCAGAACAAGCGCUUCUACCUGGACGUGAAGCAGAACGCCAAGGGCCGCUUCCUCAAGAUCGCCGAGGUGGGCGCGGGCGGCUCCAAGAGCCGCCUCACGCUCUCCAUGGCCGUGGCCGCCGAGUUCCGCGACUACCUGGGCGACUUCAUCGAGCACUACGCGCAGCUGGGCCCGUCCAGCCCCGAGCAGCUGGCCCAGGCCGCGGGGCCGCCGGGCGAGGACGGCGCCGGGCCCCGCCGCGCCCUCAAGAGCGAGUUCCUGGUGCGGGAGAACCGCAAGUACUACCUGGACCUGAAGGAGAACCAGCGCGGGCGCUUCCUGCGCAUCCGCCAGACCGUGAACCGCGGCCCCGGCGGCCCGGGGGGGUUCGCGGGAGGCCCCCCCGGGCUGCAGAGCGGCCAGACCAUCGCGCUGCCCGCCCAGGGCCUCAUCGAGUUCCGCGACGCCCUGGCCAAGCUCAUCGACGACUACGGCGGCGAGGAGGACGAGCUGGGCGGCCCCGGCGGCGGCGGCCCGGGCGGCGGGGGGCUCUACGGGGAGCUGCCCGAGGGCACGUCCAUCACCGUGGACUCCAAGCGCUUCUUCUUCGACGUGGGCUGCAACAAGUACGGGGUGUUCCUGCGGGUCAGCGAGGUGAAGCCGUCCUACCGCAACGCCAUCACCGUCCCCUACAAGGCCUGGGCCAAGUUCGGCGGCGCCUUCUGCCGCUACGCCGAGGAGAUGCGCGACAUCCAGGAGCGCCAGCGGGACAAGCUCUACGACCGGCGCGCCGGCCCGCCGGGACCCGGCAGCGGCAGCGGCGCCGGUGACGACUCCGACGGCGACGACGUGGACGACGACUGAGCCGAUCCCCCCAGCCCUCGACCCCGACGCCGGCCCCCCACCACCCCCCCCGAGCCCCGGGGCGAGCGGGUCCCCGAUCCCCCCUCCCAGUGACGGGGCAGAGGGGUCCCCUGACCCCCCCCCAACAGCGACGGGGCCGAGGGG